AUGAUCCGAGAAGUACGGAAGCUUCACUCUUCGGAUAAAUGGAUAAACAAAGUUGUUUCAGAAGACUGCCACCUAGAUUUCACAUCCCUACUCCCUCUGGUCCAGAGUGCCAGUGCACCCCAACAAGGUACAAGCCCUUGUGGACUUUAUCAUCAAGAUGAAACAGUCAGGAACAAUUUAAAGUCGAAAGGGGGACACGGGGCUUCCCGCCCAAUUAGGAUGAGUUUAACCAAAUGUUCAUUCCAGGAUAAUCCCUGGUUUACGGUGGAAGCCAUUGAGGAACCCCACACAGUCAUCUGCUUGGUACAACCUGCAGAAUCUGGCAAUACCAUCUGCCAAGAGGAAAAACCAGAACAGCAACUGGAGCUGGACACGACCAACUGCCAGCUGGAGAUUCCAGAAACCCCUGAUGUUAAGAUCAGUCAGGAGGAAGAACAAGAAGAUCAGGAGAAAGCUGAUAGCAGCCCCUGUCAGGAGAUACCAGAGGAAUCAGGCUCUAACACCUGCGAGCCUGAAACAUUCAACAGCUCCGAAGAGCAUGUGGAAACCCUGGAACAACAGGAGAUAAAACCAGAAGAAAAAUUGGAGGAAAAACCAGUGGAGGAACCAGUGGAAAAACAAGAGGAAAAACCACUGGAAAAACCAGAGGAAAAACCAAAGAAACCAGUGGAAAAACCAGAGGAAAAACCAGUGGAAAAACCGGAGGAAAAACCAGUGGAAAAAACAGAGGAAAAACCAGUGGAAAAAACAGAGGAAAAACCACUGGAAAAACUGGAGGAAAAACCACUGGUAAAACCGGAAGAAAAACCACUGGAAAAACCGGAGGAAAAACCAGUGGAAAAACCGGAGGAAAAACCAGUGGAAAAACUGGAGUUAGCCACUACCAACUGCCAGAACCCCAGGAGAUAUCUGCAGCUCUUAGAGCCGGGUUGUGAGGACAACUAUGGGAUGAACUAUAAUGGAUGGCACCGUAAAGAGCAAAAAGAAGUGGCCAUCACCAUCGUUAAGGAUAUUGAGAACAAAAAAGGAAUCCUGCGAGAAGUUGACAUCCUAGAAGCAGUUAAGGGCCACAAAAAUGUGAUCGGCUUUUACGGGGCAUUUUACCACCCUGCCUCUGUGAAGAUGCCGGAACGUGAAGGACUGUGGAUUUCUAUGGAGCGUUGGUCUGGUGUAUCCGUGCAAGAUCUCAUCAACACCAGACGCUCCCUGUCAGAGGACUGGAUUGCCUAUAUCUGCAGGGAGGUGUUACAGGUAUGUCUCAUGUGAAUCUCCUCAAUACUCUUUUGUAUGAAUCGA